AUGCGGGCGGAGAACUUUCAUGCGUGUAAUCAGGCGGCGAAGAAGGCUAGGACAGCGGUUGCUCCUAAGCAGUAUGUGGAUCCGAGACAGAAGAGUGUGGCGGCGACGUUUAUGGAGCAGAGGAGGGCGUCGACGACGACUGUGGCCGGGGAUGCUGGGUGGUCGCAUUGGUCGCAUAGGCCGAGCAUGGCGGCGGAUGAAGCUAUGCUGCGCAGGAUGCAGGCUCAGUUUGGAGUCGGCCCUGGACACCCUCAGCAGCAACAGAAGGGCAAGUACUAUGGCGCGGACGUUGCUAGCCAGAGUAGUGUCAAUCCACACUCACUGACACAGCAGCAGCAGCACCAGCGUGCUUAUAUGUCGCUGGUAAUGUUCCUCAGCACCGCCUUCGUUACAUGCGAAACCCUGCUUGCGCAGUCAGUCACCGCAGCACCUACGCCCCCGACCAGCAGCCAGCUCCAGCAGCGGCCAACAUCCCUAUCUGCACGGCCAUCGCGGCUUCCCAACAGUCUGCUCAACUCACCCUCCAACCUGCCUCCACCACCACCACCCGCAGGCGGCGACCACAGUGCCGGCAGGCGACUCAGCCCAGAGCGCAACUCUGGGGCGGAUGGCAAGGAGCCAUACCCUCUGCACCCCGGAUUGGGGAUCAAUACCGGCCUAGGAGGAGGAGCAUCUUCAUCAGCUGUCUUGGCUAAUUCGCUUCGCCAAAAUUAUAUUUCCCAACAAGUUCCUGGAACACAGGCACCGCUGCCGCCGCCAAUGCUGACCAUGCAUACGCAGCCAUUGAUGCUGCCGCCACAAACCGCUGUUGGCAACAGCAGCAACAGUAGCGGCCAUGGGCCGUUGGCGCAGAAUAUCCGGCUGCCGCCCAUUGAGUAUGGGCUCUUGCGCCGCCACUCAUUGGCAGUCACUUCGCACCUAGAGCGCUAUCGCGCGCGGGAUGCCACGCCGCCACUACCAUUGGUGGAAGAAUCAACAGACGCGGUGGAAGCAGCCGGAGAAGAUCCGGCAUUGGAUCCUGCGGUAAUGGCCAAGGAAAUGACUGACGGUUCCAGAUUGCCACCACCCUACCAUGGUGGGCAAGCGGUAUCGGGCGGCUACGGUUCUGGAGGAAGACCCGCGGUUCAGCAGCAGCCGUUGUCGCAGCAGAUGGCGUUGCACGAGGAGCGUGCGCUGCCUCCGUUGCGCGGCCCCGGCCUGGGUCUCGGCAUAGCACCGGCUCCGCUGCCCGUCUCGUUCCUAAACUACUCUCCCUCACGUGGUGGUACCGGGCUGAAAAGCGCUCUGAUUACCGCUGUCGAAGCAGUCAUCAAUAAUGACGACGGCAUGGGUGCGGGUAAUGGAAGUCGGCGCGGGUCGGUCUACAGCAGUGCAGCAGCGGUUUCGGCCAGCGAGAGCUUUGUGGAUACCCGGAGGUCAUCUAUCAUUGCGUUGACGAACCCACAGUCAGAAAUGGACGUUAGGGUGGAGAAUAGUGAGCUGAAGCGGAGACUGGAUGAGAUGGAGGCCAAGUACUUGAAGGAAGUCGAGAGGCUGAAUCACGUAGUUAGGGGGCUGGAGGCUGAGCGGAAUGGGCUUAGGGGAAGGGUUACGGAGCUGCAUAGGGGUGGUGGGGAGAUGAUGGAGAUGUUGUCGCCGCCUGUGGGGCUGCAUCGCGUGAGUGCGGAUGGUGGGUUGCAGUCUAAUGCGCCGCUGAGCAGUAUGUCAGACGGCCACUAUCGCUUCGGCCAGCACCAGCACCAGCACCAGCAGCAGCACCAACAGCAGCACCAACAGCAGCAAAUGCAUCAACAGAGCAUGUCUCGGCCAACCAACCACUAA